GGAUGGGCAGAGGCUAUUGCUUCAGGUGACAGGGUAUAUGUUGAAGGAAAGCUCUCCAGGUGUAACCAGUUCACAAUGUAAAUAAAGCUCUUGGGUGCAUCCUUUAAUGCAUACGUCUUUCUGGCCAACUCACUUGACUCCAUUUAUUACAGACUAGCCCUGUAAACAUAUGGAGGGGUACUUCAGAAUUUGAUGGGUCCAGCCAAUGUAAACUUUGAAACUCUCUGGGCUGGUCCCAUUGAAGGCUAAUGAGCUACUAACUUGAGCAGGAUGAAGGUUUGGCCCUCUGUGUUCAAGAGCAGGAGAGGAGCUGUCAUAGGCUGGUCUCAUCACUUCACCCCCUCUGCAGAGAUGGGGAAAUCAGUAACUUUGGGAAUCAGGCUGGUAUCUAUGCUCUCAGCAGUGGAAUAGAGAGCAGGGGAAGACAGGUAAGUAUAGCUUUGUUUGCACUGAAAUAUUUUUUUAAUAGCUGGCAUGUGAGUAAGAGAUGUUUGGCUUGAAUUCCUCUGUAAACUGGUCUGCAGUAGUUCAGGCUUCCCCCCUCCCAGUCCUGCUACCAUCUUUCUACUGUAGGUACUUUUCUGGCCUCCCACUUACUACAGGAAACCUGUGGCAGAGCAGGGAAUUGAACCUGGGUCUCCCUGGUUGUGGGCUAACACCCUAAUCACUGGCCUAUCCUUCCUCUCCUGUAGGCCAGCAGGUUAGUUCAGUCCCAUAGUCCAUUUUGAUGACGGUAGCUAUGGAGCUAAUUAAUGCAAAUGCGGGGGGGGGUUGCUUUGUGAUGCAGAGGAUAGUCAACUAGGCACUGCAUUGGCACCUGCCAAACUCCUAUCACACAGGCCACUGAGCAGUUAUCAGAGAGUGACAACUUUUCAGACACCUCCACUUGGCUGGAUUUGAAUCGCCACUGCAGAGGUAAUCAGCCUUGUCUGCUCUCCUGAGCCAUCCAGUCUCCUGAUUUCGGAGCUGUGCUGGGCUGUGAGGGAGCUUUUGGUGCUGUUUGUUGUAGUAGAGGAGAGGUACUGAGGAGCUGUUUGGUUCUCGGUUUGAGUGACUCAGCCUCCAGGCCGGCUCACAAAACUCCCUCCUCUUGCUGGGCCUGCAGCCAUGGAAACGGCAAGAGUCCCUUUUAGAACACAGCUCUGAGAAGGGAGAGAGAGCACAAAGGCAGUCAGCCAGCAAGGGCUUGUGCUUAGCACAAGGGUCCCUGGGGUUUUCCUCUUCCAGCCUUUGCCCUGUGCUGAUCGCUGAUCGGCUUGUCUCUCUCUGAUCAGUGAGGUGGACGCAGCUCAAGAGGAUGAGCUCUAGCACAAUAGCUCUGGCCCCUGUGGCCAAGAACGUGAUGGUAUAUCGCAAUGGGGACUCCUUCUUCCAUGGAAGGAAGUUUGUGGUGAACCAGCGCCAGUUCCUGACCUUUGAAGCGUUUCUGAAUGAGGUGACCAGCACAAUCCAUGCCUCUGUGGCUGUGAGGAACAUCUACACCCCCAGGCAGGGCCACCGGGUCACUGAGCUGGAGGAGUUGCAGAAUGGAUGCCCGUAUGUGGCAGCUGGCUUUGAGCGGUUCAAAAGGCUAGACUAUUUAAACCCUGGAAUGAAGCAGCUCAGUGGGAGCAGGAAAAAAAAUGGCUUGCAGAUCCGCCCCAUGGUUCCCCAGAAGCUGAACUUGGCAGCACGAUGGCAGAAGCACGUCCACCUGCCCUGCAUUAUACAUGUUUUCCGGAAUGGGGAUUUGCUGAGCCCCCCUUUCCGACUGCUGCUCUCCAAGAGCAUCCUGCAGGAGUGGGACGCCAUCCUGGGCCUGCUGACGGAGAAAGCCAACCUGCACAGUGGAGCUGUUCGAAAACUCUGCCAACUGGAUGGAGUCCCGGUCUCCAGUGGCAAGGAGUUGGUGAACGGUGAAUACUAUGUGGCGGUUGGGGUGGAGAAGUACAAAAAUCUGCCCUACUUUGAACUGCUGGUGCCUAAGAAUUCUGGGCACCAGGCAUUACGGAACCAUCCAAACAACAGACGCAGGAUCCACAAUCAGGGGUUUGGUAAAAGCUAUGCCACCUCCCAGGAUGGAGCUAGCGACUCUGCCCUCAUUGAUCCACCUCAGCAGCCAGACUAUCGCAGAGUGCAGUCCACAGGAGCCGCAGAGAAAGACAAAACCCCCGUUCCUUCUCCAGCAGUGCGCAGACAAGCGAGGAAAUAUCCACGCAAAGAGGAAGAGUCUGUUUUCCACGCCAAGCCUGUCCAUGCAGGGCAAAACAGGACAAAUAGCAGGAACUUGCAACACUGGCCUGACCAAGAAGAGGGAAGUGUCUAUAAAGUGAAAGACCCGAGAAAGGAGAUGCAAGGUGCCCGGGAAGUAAUGGAGGAUGAAUACACAAAGAUGGAGCUACCUGUUGAUCAGAGAGCUGCAGAGACUGUGGAAGAAGUUAUACCAAAACACAAAAUGACUCCUCAUAGCAAGGUUGAGAGCACUGACAGAUCGCGGAAGGCCUUGACAAUGCGAAAUUACACCAGUGACUCAGAGGAGGAAGAGAACUGAAAGAGCCAUUUCUCUGACAGUGUGAAGCUCUGAAGAGUUUAUGAAGUGACUGUGAUGAAAUGGAGACCAAGUUAGCU